GCCAAUUGUUUUUCAGCGUCUGUGAAUCGUCGAAACAUGGCGCACUGCAUAGCCCGAGCUCUCAGGAAAACUGUUCUGCAAGAGGCCCACCGCCCUGUGUUGACUGUGGGGCAGUGGUGGUGUUGCCAUGGUAGCUGUCGUGCCCACCACGCCCCGGGCACGUCGCUGAGGUACGUGCCGCGGCGUGCUGUCCUUUACGUUCCGGGCAACGACGUGCGGAAACUGAAGAAACUGACCUCGCUGGACGUGGACUGUGCUGUGCUGGACUGUGAAGAUGGAGUGGCCCUCACCAAAAAGGCUGAGGCACGGGAGACCAUCCCAAAGAUGCUAGCGGAGCUGGACUUGGGCCGGACGGAGAAAUGCGUGCGGGUCAACUCUGUGUCCAGCGGCCUGGCCGAGGACGACCUGGAGGUGAUCCUGGGGGCCGAGGUGCUGCCCACCGCCCUCAUGCUGCCCAAGGUGGAGGACACCGCAGAGGUGCACUGGUUUGUUGACAGAUUUCAGCGGCACUUGAAAGGCCGGGCGUUGUCAGAGCCCGUCCGGUUAGUCACCUUCGUGGAAACUGCUGUGGGUCUGCUAAAUUUUAAGGCGGUGUGCGCGGAGGUUCGGGAUCUCGGGCCGAAGGCUGGCCUGCACCACGACGGCGUGGUCUUCGGCUCGGACGACUUCUGCGCCAGCAUAGGCGCGACGCGCACGAAGGACGCCCGCGAGCUGCUGUAUGCCCGGCAGAAGGUGGUGGUGACCACCAAGGCGUUCGGCCUGCAAGCCAUCGACCUUGUUUACAUCGACUACCAGGACGGCGACGGGCUCCGGCAGCAGGCCAGGGAGGGAGCGCUCAUGGGCUUCACCGGGAAGCAGGUGAUCCACCCCAGCCAGAUUAAGGCGGUUCAGGAGGAGUUCUCCCCCAGCCCAGAGAGGGUCAACUGGGCCCAGGAGCUCAUCGCCGCCUUCGACGAGCACCAGAAGUUGGGCAAGGGGGCGUUCACUUUCCGUGGCAGUAUGAUCGACAUGCCGUCGCUAAAGCAGGCCCAGAACAUCGUCACGCUGGCCUCGGCCGUCCAGCCCAAGUGACCUUCAUCUGACCUUCAUCUGACCUUCGACUGACGGAAGUGAUGGCCCAUGCCCAGUCUCAUGCAGGUCAUCUUGUGAUAAAACUGUACCUCACCACCCCACAGAUGCCUGUCAUGUCUGUGUCCUCUUCCUUCCCCUUACUGGAACACUGACAGAAAGCUUUGAUCGGUUUAUUGUAAUGUUGAUUAUUUUAAAUAAUGUAUAAAAUGUCUGAAA